UUAACAGAUGUUUUUUAUUAUGAAAAAGUGGAUUGAAAUAAAAACAAAAUACGAAUACCAAAUUGGAAAACGUUAAUAAUAUUAUAAUGGCCAUUUUAGGUUUCGAAGUAGUCUUUUCUAUUACUCUUAUAAGUUUUUUUCAAAAAAUAAAUAAAUUUUACUCACUAGGACAAGCCAUUCUUACUCAUAAAAUAUAUCGAUAUGAAUCAUCUUCCACACCCACUGAAUCUAAACCUUCUACUUCCUUAAAACGUGUCCCACUGACUCCUGGCUACCUAUUAUCAAUACCUUUUUAUCCUACCGCUGAAUGGCUGCUAGACUUUUGCUUUGUAACUGCUGGAAUCUUUAAUAUUUCUUACAUAGUUUACAGGAUUUAUAUAGGAUGGUUUAUAGCCUCCCCUCUACAAACAUCUUCAAUACACCCUCCUCUCUUAGAUUUAACUCUUGUAUGGAACAUUUGCACUCUUGGAUUUGCCCUCUCUGCUCUAAUCCGACCUCUGAUAACUUAUCCACGUCAUGAAAAAACGUUGCUAAUAAUCGCUGGCAUAAUCUCGGCUCUUUUAUGUUUGGCCAUCAGUUUCUAUAUCGACUUCAAACAUAAUUAUUUUAUAACUGGAAUAUCGGAUACGGGGAAUAGUACGGUUAACGCAGCGGCCGGCGAGUCUGGCGAAAAAAUAAAUAAGGAGUUCGUCAGUUACGAAGGAUGGGAUCAAUAUCGAACCACAGAAAGGGCAUGGCUUAAAAAUUUUAAAGAAAUACGAUUUAAAUUGUUCUAUCACUUUGUCCUUUCCUUAUGCUCCGCUAUACUGGGAAGCAUGAUAUUUUUCCCGUGCCUACGAUGGGCGCAGAUGUUCAUAGACGCUUACGGCUAUUCUAAUCGCUUGGAUCAAAAAUUCUUCCUUUUCCUAAAUGCUAUUGGUCCAGGCAUUUCAACUUUAUUUUGGUUUUUUAAACCGCUCCUGUUAACUUUUACAUAUAAUCGUUAUGAUGAUACAACACCGUUAUUAAAUCAAGAUUUAGCAUCGAAAUUCGUAAAGUUAAACAUUAUUUGGCUCUAUUCGCAUAUAAUUUUUGGUGUGCUGCGUGUUGCUUUGUUAAGGCCUCAUAUUCAAGCCUACCUCUAUAUGGCUUAUGAAAAAGUCCAAGCCAUAAAUAAAAAGGAAAACACAUCUGCUCUCGCAUUUAACAAAUCCGUUAAAAAUGCCGUCAAUCGUAUCAAUUUCUACCUUGGUAUAGUAUGCAUACAAUACAUCGUUCCAGUGAUAAUCAGUUCAUCCUUGACCUAUAUCUUAUUAUCACCAACAGAUGCGUCGAUUUAUUUAAAGACCGAUAACGAAAAUGGGAGCGUGAAUUUAAUUGGCGAUCAAACAAAUCUUCAUGAUCAAUUGAAUUCUAGCCAUUUCAUUGAUUUAAUAACUCGAUGGACACACCAAAACGCAAGCGCUUUAUCGCCUCCUUUCAAAUUAUUAAUAUUCGAUCCUUCCAUUUUGAAAGCUCCCGUUACUCAAAUACUAUUCAUGUUCGAUGUUUUAAUGUGCGUUUUUGGUAUUUUCGGGUAUUGUUAUCACAAAUAUAAUUAAGACAUGGAAAAAAUGUCGGCGGUAUACUUAGUUAAGCAGAGCAUAAACUUAUAACCACCUUGAAGAAUAUAUAUUUUUGUUUAUAGCCAAAUAUUUAUUAGUUUUUUUACAUGGUUUGUGAAUCUAGUUGUGCAAAAUCGCUUCAUUUGGAUUUUUUAAAAAACGGCUAACUAAAUCUUUUAACCAGAAAAAUAUUGCCUAAGUCUCGUAAUUUCUCUAAUAUAUGUCCAAACCUUUUUGCCAUCUAUGAGCAAAAUCUUCAGACAUGCGUAAUAUUUUUCUUUACAGAAUAUUGAGUUAACCAUUUUUAAAAAUCAGAUUAAAUGGAACAAUAUUGCACCACUAUGCGUAUUUCUUGUUUUGAUAUCUAUUGUAUAAAUAUAAAUAAAUUUUAUGUUGAUGAUAUAUUUUAU